AUGUUCUGCACCAAAAUGAGGCUUCUCAUUUCAAAAUGUCAUCAGUUCCCCAAGUGGCCACCGUUUGGGCAAAAUAAACCAUACAAAGCCACAACUAAUUUAGCUGCUACCGUAAAUAAGGACAUACAUGUAAACCGGAAUGUGACAAGUGUGAUGAUAAUCCUGCGCCAACAUUUAAUCAGUCUCUACUCAGAAACGUGCAUUUUAAUAAAAAUAUUCUUUGCAGAUGAAAGUGAAACAGGAGGAUCCGGUGAUGCUCACUUCCUAAUUAAUGGUAUAAUAGGAGCCACUUUAAAUUCAAUGCCUAAUAAUCAUUAUCUAAUUGCUGAAAAUACAUCAAAUAGCUUAAUUAAUUUUAAAAUUAUGAAUAAAUCCACCACUCAUAUAGCUGAUAUCCUAACUGAGGACAAGCUUGCGACUAGGACCAGAUAUAUCCCAUCAUUCCCAUAUUGCUGUAGCAUCAUUGUCAGUGGUACAUCAAUCAAAUGUCUGGAUUUGUUUAUAAAUUAUUAUGCGGAUCGGUUGAAUAGUCAAAUAAGCAGUCCAUUUACAAUCACAUUUUCUGUCGUCUUUAGUACAUGUGCUAAUACUUCACCAUUUUUACCUAAUGGUACUUUAUUUGUCUUGCAGUGUUUUUUAAAGCAAUUGGCAGCAAUGCUUCACUCAUUCUCAACAGGAAUAGCAAUCCUGAGCUAUGCAAUCAAUUUCUCUAUACUUCCCAAAGCCAUCUCACUGUCUGCUUCAAACAACGGAAACAUUUACAGACAAACUGCAGGUGUCUAA